AUGCAGCGCCCCGGGCGCCCCUCCGGCGCCCGCCUGCGCCUGCUUCUGCUCCUGCCGCCGUUGCUACUGCUCCCGGGCAGCUACGCUGGCAACCUGACGGUGGCCGUGGUGCUGCCUCUGACCAACACCUCGUACCCGUGGUCUUGGGCGCGCGUGGGACCGGCGGUGGAGCUGGCCCUGGCCCGGGUGAAGGCGCGGCCGGACCUGCUGCCGGGUUGGACAGUCCGCACGGUGCUGGGCAGCAGCGAGAGCGCGCUGGGCGUCUGCUCCGACACCGCCGCGCCCCUGGCCGCCGUGGACCUCAAGUGGGAGCACAGCCCCGCGGUGUUCCUGGGCCCCGGCUGCGUGUACGCCGCCGCCCCCGUGGGCCGCUUCACCGCGCACUGGCGGGUGCCGCUGCUGACCGCCGGCGCCCCCGCCGUGGGCUUCGGAGCCAAGGACGAGUACGCGCUGACCACCCGCGCGGGACCCAGCCACGCCAAGCUAGGCGACUUCGUGGCGGCGCUGCACCGACGGCUGGGCUGGGAGCGCCAGGCGCUCGUGCUCUAUGCCUACCAGCCAGGGGACGACCAGCCCUGCUUCUUCGUGGUGGAGGGUCUGUACAUGCGGGUUCGCGACCGCCUCAACAUCACGGUGGACCACCUGGAAUUCGCCGAGGGAGACCGCGACCACUACGCCAUGCUGCUGCGCACCGUGCGGCGUAAAGGCCGAGUUAUCUACAUCUGCAGCUCGCCGGAUACUUUCAGAGCCCUCAUGCUUCUGGCCCUGGAAGCUGGCCUGAGUGGGGACGACUAUGUUUUCUUCCACCUGGACCUCUUUGGGCAAAGCCUACAAGGUGCACACGGCCUUGCUCCCCGCAGGCCCUGGGAGAGAGGAGAUGGGCAGGAUGUCAGUGCCCACCAGGCCUUUCAGGCUGCCAAAAUCAUUACAUAUAAAGAGCCGGAUAAUCCCGAGUACUUGGAAUUCCUACAGAAGCUAAAACGCUUGGCCCUUGAGCAGUUCAACUUCACCAUGGAGGAUGGCCUGGUGAACACCAUCCCAGCGUCCUUCCACGAUGGGCUCCUGCUCUACAUCCAGGCGGUGAUGGAGACUCUAGCACACGGGGGAGCUGUCACCGACGGGGAGGGCAUCACUCAGCGGAUGUGGAACCGAAGCUUCCAAGGUGUGACAGGAUACCUGAAAAUGGACAGCAAUGGAGACCGGGAGACUGACUUCUCCCUCUGGGAUAUGGAUCCUAACACUGGCGCCUUCAGGGUUGUUCUGAACUUCAAUGGGACUUCCCAAGAACUGCUGACCAUGUCAGGGCGCAAACUGAACUGGCCCCUGGGGUAUCCACCUCCUGAUGUCCCCAAGUGCGGCUUUGACAAUGAGGACCCAGCCUGCAACCAAGACCACUUCUCCACCCUGGAGGUGCUGGCUUUGGUGGGGAGCCUCUCCCUUCUCAGCAUCCUGAUCGUCUCCUUCUUCAUAUACAGGAAGAUGCAGCUGGAGAAGGAACUGGCCUCAGAGCUGUGGCGCGUGCGCUGGGAGGACCUGCAGCCCAGUAGCCUUGAGAGGCAUCUCCGGAGUGCAGGCAGCCGGCUGACCCUGAGCGGGAGAGGCUCCAAUUAUGGCUCCCUACUGACCACAGAGGGCCAAUUCCAAAUCUUUGCCAAGACAGCGUAUUAUAAGGGCAACCUCGUGGCUGUGAAACGUGUGAACCGGAAACGCAUUGAGCUGACACGGGAAGUCCUGUUUGAGCUGAAGCAUAUGCGGGAUGUACAAAAUGAACACUUGACCAGGUUUGUGGGAGCCUGCACUGAUCCCCCCAACAUCUGUAUCCUCACAGAGUACUGUCCCCGUGGGAGCCUACAGGACAUCCUGGAGAAUGAGAGCAUCACCCUGGACUGGAUGUUCCGGUACUCGCUCACCAAUGACAUUGUCAAGGGUAUGCUGUUCUUACACAAUGGAGCCAUAUGCUCCCAUGGGAACCUCAAGUCAUCCAACUGCGUGGUAGAUGGGCGCUUUGUGCUCAAGAUCACGGACUACGGGCUGGAGAGCUUCAGGGAUCCAGAGCCAGAGCAAGGACACACCCUCUAUGCCAAAAAGUUGUGGACAGCCCCUGAGCUCCUGCGAAUGGCCUCGCCCCCUGCCCGGGGCUCCCAGGCUGGUGAUGUGUACAGCUUUGGGAUCAUCCUUCAGGAGAUUGCCCUGAGGAGUGGCGCCUUCCACGUGGAAGGUUUGGACCUCAGUCCCAAAGAGAUCAUCGAGCGUGUGACUCGGGGCGAGCAGCCCCCCUUCCGGCCCUCCCUGGUCCUGCAGAAUCACCUGGAGGAACUGGGACAGUUGAUGCAGCGCUGCUGGGCCGAGGACCCACAGGAGCGGCCACCCUUCCAGCAGAUCCGCCUGAUGUUGCGAAAAUUUAACAGGGAGAACAGCAGUAACAUCCUGGACAACCUGCUGUCACGCAUGGAGCAGUACGCCAACAACCUGGAGGAGCUGGUGGAGGAGCGGACCCAGGCCUACCUGGAGGAGAAGCGCAAGGCCGAGGCCCUGCUCUACCAGAUUCUCCCUCACUCAGUGGCUGAGCAGCUGAAGCGUGGGGAGACGGUCCAGGCCGAAGCCUUUGACAGCGUCACCAUCUACUUCAGUGACAUCGUGGGUUUCACAGCCCUAUCAGCAGAGAGCACGCCUAUGCAGGUGGUGACCCUGCUCAACGACCUGUACACUUGUUUUGAUGCUGUCAUAGACAAUUUUGAUGUAUACAAGGUGGAGACCAUUGGUGACGCCUACAUGGUGGUGUCCGGGCUCCCAGUGCGGAACGGGCGGCUGCACGCCCGCGAGGUGGCCCGCAUGGCCCUGGCGCUGCUGGAUGCGGUGCGUUCCUUCCGCAUCCGCCACCGGCCCCAGGAGCAGCUGCGCCUGCGCAUCGGCAUCCACACGGGACCCGUGUGUGCCGGCGUGGUGGGGCUGAAGAUGCCCCGGUACUGUCUCUUUGGGGACACAGUCAACACUGCCUCAAGAAUGGAGUCUAAUGGGGAAGCCCUGAAGAUCCACUUAUCUUCUGAAACCAAAGCUGUUCUGGAGGAGUUUGGUGGUUUCGAGCUGGAGCUUCGAGGGGAUGUAGAAAUGAAGGGCAAAGGCAAAGUUCGGACCUACUGGCUCCUGGGGGAGCGAGGGAGUAGCACCCGAGGCUGA